CGAUGAAGUUGUUUCAAAGAUGGCGGACUUCCUGCCGUCCCGGUCCUUUCUGUCCGUUUGUUUUCCGAAAUGUUUACUCAACAGCGGCGAAGCGGAGCAGCUAAGGAAAUCCAAGGAGAUAGAUAAAUGUAUUUCCAAGGAUAAGAAUUAUGUAAAACGGUUAGUAAAAAUACUCUUGCUCGGCGCUGGAGAGAGCGGCAAGUCCACUUUCCUCAAACAGAUGCGCAUCAUACACGGCCAGGACUUCGAUCAGCGGGCGAAAGAAGAGUUCAGAGCAACUAUUUACAGUAAUGUUAUCAAAGGUAUCCGGGUGCUGGUGGACGCACGAGAGAAACUACACAUCCCAUGGGGUGAGCUGUCUAACCAGGUCCACGGUGAGACCAUGAUGGCCUUCGACACGCGCUCGGCCAAGGUGGCGCAAGGCUUGAUUGAGACAAAGGUGUUCCUGCAUUACCUGCCUACUAUCUGUGCACUGUGGGCCGACAGCGGGAUCCAGAACGCUUACGACCGCCGCAGAGAGUUUCAGCUGGGUGAAUCCGUAAAAUAUUUCUUGGAUAACUUGGAAAAACUUGGAAUGCCGGACUAUCUUCCCAGUCAGCAGGACAUCCUCCUGGCCCGAAAGCCCACCAAAGGCAUCCACGAGUACGAUUUUGAGAUCAAGAACGUGCCCUUCAAGAUGGUGGACGUGGGCGGCCAGCGGUCAGAGCGGCGGCGAUGGUUCGAGUGCUUCGACAGUGUGACCUCCAUCCUCUUCCUCGUGUCCUCUAGUGAGUUCGACCAGGUGCUGAUGGAGGACCGCCAGACCAACCGCCUCACGGAGUCUCUGAGCAUCUUCGAGACCAUCGUCAACAACCGGGUCUUCAGCAACGUCUCUAUCAUCCUCUUCCUCAACAAGACGGACUUGCUGGAGGAGAAGGUUAACACGGUGGCCAUCACGGACUACUUCUCCGAGUACACAGGCGACCCACACAGCCUGGAGGAUGUGCAGAAGUUCCUGGUGGCGUGCUUCCGUAACAAGCGGCGGGAUCAACAGCAGAAGCCACUCUACCACCACUUCACCACGGCCAUCAACACGGAGAACAUUCGCCUUGUCUUCCGCGAUGUCAAGGACACCAUCUUGCACGACAACCUCAAGCAGCUCAUGCUGCAGUGAUGCUGGUCUCUCUGUGUCACUGACGCCUGUCCCACGCCCUCUUCUGCAAGUCUGUGCUCCAUUCAGUAACAUUUCUGACUAGUCCUGACUCGGGCCUUUGUGGGGGAAAUGGGCUUAGCUGUCUGCGGAGUGCGUGUGGGCCCCCGACUCCUCUUGCCCCUCCACCACACUGUAGACGGCAAGCUUAGGGUCGGGUGUGGGUGUGUGUAGGUGUGUGUGUGUGUGUGUGUGUGGGUGUGUGUGUGUGUGUGUGAGAGAGAGAGAGAGAGAGAGAGAGAGAGAGAGAGAGAGAGAGAGAGAGAUAGAGAUCCUAUGCUCCUGUUUGCCUUUGUUCAGUUUGCCAUGAGAAGGUGUGCAUGAUUACUGGAGGUGCCAUAGCCGAUGUGUUUUCUUCCCCCGAGGUACUGACCAGUACAUGGUUGGUGGAGAGGAAGUGGGCAGAUAUCCCAACACUGUCCUUCAGCGGUCACCUUCUUGCCCUUGUAUUACUGACCACAUAGCAAAGGGUUUAGCAGAUUAAACAAAGCCUUUUACGUUUUAUCAUUGUAAUAGGAACAAUGUUCUGAGCCUCCUUCUGGUGUUUUGUCAGUACCUACUUGGCUGUAAUUGCAUCUUUUCUUUUUUUACCUGUAGGUUUCUGAUCAGCUGUGGUUUUGUUUUUUUGUUUUUUGUUUUUUAUUUUCUUUAUAUAAGCAUAUGCAUAUGUAUCUAUUAGAUUUCUUAAAUUAUAUUUCACAGGUUUACACUUUUAUCAGAUUUGGCCCCGCUGAUAAAUUCUGUUAGGGUUAUGUUGAAAUUUAUUGCGUAGUGUGAGCAUGUUUCAGUGGCAGACCAGUUACGGUGAACGUGUGCUGGAGCACUCUGCCGUGGACAGACACAGGAGUCACAGCGUAGACUCAGGGCUGGACGGCGACCACUUCGGAGCUUGAAGAAGAAUUUGAGCGUUUGUGUGUCAUUAGCCUUCAGUAAACACCCAGAAAACUCCCAUCAGUACUUGGGAAAUAGAAGCCUGCUGAACUCUUGUGUCCCCCAUCCACUACGUCAGCAGGGUUCCUGUUUUAGAUUUCCUUUGACGCAUGCCCAUCAGAAAAGGGGAAGUGCUGUCUUUUUGCUUUAGUUUUAAUUUAAAUUGUUUUACUUUUUUUUACCACAAUCAACAGAUUUAUCAACAGAUUUAUCCACUUUUUGUUUUUAAAAAAACUUCUUUAUUCACAAUUGCCCUGAUUUAAAAGGUACCAGUUUCUUAAAUAGCUGUUUCCUCCACCGGCAUCAGUGACAUAAAGGGAUGGUGUUCUGCUCCUAACCAAUCUCUGUUGAUUAUAGCUACCUGUAUAGUGCCAUGUCCAACCAGUAUACUGUUUUAUAUCAGGUGUUUAAAUGUAUAGUAUGCAGCUCACUUUUUUUCUAACAGAUAUGUAACCCACACUGAUGAUGUAACAUUUUUGUUGGCGUUUUGUUGUUGUUAAUGUUGUUUUCUAUGCUCACUGCCAUUUAAUAUCUUCCCAGUAUGCUCUUGUUUCUCACUGAUUCAGAAUUGCUGCUUUUUGGCUGGUGCGUCCGGGCCGUGUGGCAGCCUCAUCUGUGACUGGUGCCAGCAUACACACCUAUGCAUUCAGGCUCUGAAGGCCACAGCUGGGCCAGAGCGCUUUGUCUGGAUAAAGAGUUCUGCUCCAUGGCCCAGGCCCGAGGGGCUGUGGGCUUCUCAAACCCGACCGUUGCGCCUGACUGUGUGCCUUUUUCCACUUCCACUGUACUCCUGUGCCAGUCUCUGUGCCCACAAAGUGCCAAGUGCUGAAACAGAAAAGACUUUUAUGUGAUUGCUGUCAGCAGCUGCGAUUCAAGUCUGGGACUUACAAUGCUCACUGGCAUUGCAAUGAAACUUCUAGACUACACUUCGGGUUAAUAGAGUUCAACGUUGUGUUUGGAACUGGAAAGAUGCUUGUGUGUCUGAAGCUCGUCCCAUUACAGUCCAUAGACUGAGCUGUUUCUAGUGUGACAUUUUGUUGGAGGGGGGGUUCUGCAUCUGGUGUUUGUCACCUUGCACAGAUGUUGCCAACCGUUCCUAGGAGAGGAAUGCAGAGGUCAAACGUUCCUUGCAAAACAAGGAGCUCUCAGAUUUCAGACAGCAGCUGACUAAAUGGUUUGAAAGUUGACAUGAAAUACGAUUGCAGCUAUAUGUUGCUGGAAUCAAACCCACAAACUAGGUAUACUAAAUAAGUUGAUAAAAUUGAUGUUCUUCUAAACAGUGUGCAGUUAAACAGUUUUUAUCCUAGUUUGUUGACAUGGUUCAGAUUUUUGCUGGUAAACGGAGGCUGUUUGCUGCUAUAACGUGCUUGCUAUUCACUGAGACUCAAUGCACUCCUUGGUCUAUGUGUCUUAAGUGUAUCUGUGUUGCCUUUGAGGGAAAUCAACCUCACUAAAAACCCAGCUGCGGUGUGCCUACCGGAACAGACACAGCGCCCUGUGGCUGCAGGUUUCUGACUCCCGCUGCAUGGCAGCUUCGUGUGCUUGCGUGCACACUACUGCUCUGCAACUCUGGCUUAUCUGAGGACAGAUGGUCAAGAUAAUGUCAUUAGACCUGUGCUGAUUGGUGGAAGACCAGACCUGCAAUUGGCUUUAUUGCAGUCAUGCUUUCUGCUGAAAUGGAUACCUCCCUGUGUAUGUUUAUUUUAUAGUAGUGACAAGUCAUUACCACAGGGGUUGAGAUUUGUUCCCAGUUAACCUGUGUGAAAGGCAGGGCAAUGCUGUAAUUAAGACACAGAUACACUACUUAAUUAACUUUUAUUUCCAUGCCUGACUGCACUGUUCACGUGUGACGGAAUGAGUGUUUUAUAGUGUUAAAAUUUAAACAACAACAGAAAGUUUCCACUGACAUCCAGAAGAUUGAUGUCCCAGUUCUAAUGCAGGUUUUCUGUAGUCUCCUUGGGAAUGAUAAUGGCGCGUAAGCAGUUUGCUUCUGAGUUACCAUAUUUUUGUGAAAAUAGAAGAGAAAAAAAUUAAAUUAUCAUGAUCAGAAGUGACUAAAUUCGGUUUUCCUCUUCCCUGAAAAGCAAGAUUUUUUUAGAAUAAUGCAAGGCUAAACUAAAGCUUUUAUCAUUGCCUCGUUUUGAUGCCUCCGAACUUUUGAAGUCUUUUUUUAAUUCUGUACUUAAAUGUUUCAGAUAUGCGUUCUGUGGAUUUUUCCUUACAUAAUUGUAAUCUUACUAAAAGCUUACAGUACAGAAUUGCAGAAACUGCUCUGUGUACAGUCUAACCUGCUUUCUCACUCUCUUCCGUGCUCUCAAUAAAACUAAAGAAAACGAUC